UUCCCUGUCAUGGCGGCUGCUAUCACCUGCUCUGCUGCCGACCUCCACUCUCUACUGGGUGGUGCCGGGAAUGGCACGGCUGCCGCCGAAUACCUUUGUAGCCGCUUUGAUGCCAUCUCGAACAAGUUUGUUGACACAGCCUAUGCUGUUGACACCACCUACCUUCUCUUCUCUGCUUAUCUUGUCUUUUCCAUGCAGCUUGGUUUUGCCAUGUUGUGCGCCGGCUCUGUUCGUGCCAAGAACACUAUGAACAUCAUGCUCACCAAUGUCCUCGAUGCCGCAACGGGCGGGAUCUUCUACUAUCUCUUCGGCUUUGCCUUCGCCUUUGGCGGGCCGUCAAACGGUCUCAUUGGCGCACACUUCUUUGGCCUCGAGAAGUUUCCUUCCUCCUCUUUUGACUACGGUUACUUCCUUUAUCAAUGGGCUUUUGCCAUCGCAGCCGCCGGAAUAACGAGCGGUUCGAUCGCGGAACGAACGCAGUUCAUUGCGUAUUUGAUCUAUUCGUCUUUCCUGACCGGUUUGGUCUAUCCAAUUGUUUCUCAUUGGUUCUGGUCUGCUGAUGGUUGGGCAAGCCCUGCUCGAUCUGAUAAUAACCUCUUGUUUGGAUCUGGAGUCAUUGAUUUUGCUGGUUCAGGUGUGGUUCACUUGGUUGGAGCUGUUGCCGGUUUUUGGGGCGCCUUCAUUGAAGGACCGCGCAUCGGCCGGUUUGAUCAUGGCGGCCGAGCCGUGGUGAUGCGCGGACAUAGCGGGACUUUAGUCGUUUUGGGGACUUUCCUGCUCUGGUUUGGCUGGUAUGGAUUCAAUCCUGGUUCGUUUAUCAGCAUCUCGAAGGCUUAUGGAGAGAGCGGUUCUUAUUAUGGGCAAUGGAGUGCCGUUGGGAGAACCGCAGUUACAACAACUCUUGCCGGAUGCUCUGCUGCCCUGACCACACUUUUCGGGAAACGCCUACUUUCCGGCCACUGGAAUGUCACCGAUGUAUGCAAUGGUUUGCUAGGUGGGUUUGCGGCAAUCACCUCCGGCUGCUCGGUUGUUGAUCCUUGGGCGGCAAUCCUAUGUGGGUUUGUUGCUGCUUGGGUUCUCAUUGGCUGCAACAAGCUUGCUGAAAAAUUCAAGUAUGACGAUCCAUUGGAAGCGGCGCAACUUCAUGGCGGCUGCGGCUCGUGGGGGAUAAUCUUCACUGCCUUGUUUGCAAAGAAGGCGUAUGUCAACGAGGUUUAUCCGGGGCUACCUGACCGGCCAUAUGGGCUGCUCAUGGGCGGCGGUGCAAGGCUCUUGGCUGCGCACGUUGUCCAGAUUUUGGUGGUUGUAGGAUGGGCGAGCGUUACCAUGGGGACAUUGUUCUGGUUGCUGCACGCAUUGAAGCUUCUGAGAAUUUCAUCAGAUGAGGAGAUGGCAGGAAUGGAUUUGACGAGCCACGGCGGAUUUGCUUACGAAUAUAAUGAUCAUGAAGGUGAGCUUGAGAGUCUGAAAAACAGAGUUGAGUUGACAAAGAAGGAUUCCUCAGCUGUUUGAUUUGAUUCUAAUCGAUCUCUAGGAGUUGCAUCUUUUCUUCAUUAUCAGCCUUCCCUUAAUUAGCCUGUGUAGUUUUACAAUUAAAGUGCUUGGUUUCUUUUAGAUUUCAAUUAAAAUGAAGUUUGCUGUACACAAUGAA